CUUCAAUCGCCCUUCCUCCACCCGCCUCUUCUUCUCUGUUUCUCUUUCUCCAGCAUUUGUUCCAUGCCCUUUCCUGCGAAGUUUUCGUGGUUCAAUUGCGCUUGUUGGAGAAUUAUGGUUUUCGAUUUGGUCCCAAGGGGAAAUUCUAGUUUUGUUGUGCUUAAUUUUUCGUAAUCUAGGGGUUUGAAGCUAUAUAUUACUGGUAGUCUUCGAUUAUUUUGUUUGCAUCGGAAUUCCUGACUGUUUCUUUAUUUUGCCACUAAAACGAGGGCAAAUGCUCCAAUUUAUUGGUAGUCUUCUUUAUUUUGCUCCAAUUUAUUGAGCCUUCUCGGUUGGAAGAAGGGUAUAUUUGGAAGCUUCUGAUUUCAGAAAUGCAAUUAGGAUCUGUUGAAUCUUCGGAGAUAUAAGUAUAAGACUUUGAGCAGUCGACGCAGUUGACAGCUGGAAUUAAGACUUCUUGGUGUUCCGUGAAUUGCUUAAUUGCUGAUCUAUGCUGGGAGAUUCUUGGGAAUUGCUGUUGCUGUUUGGGAAUUGCUGGUGCGAUUGGGGGUGGAUCCACUAAAUCAACCACGGCUCUAAGCAAAGAAUAUCGUCUUAUUAUUAGAAGGGGAAGAGAAUGCUUGCAAGGUUUCCCUAAGUUUUUGCUUGCUUCCCCUUCCUUCCAUGGUGGGCGGGGUGCCCUACCAUCUGCUGGUGGGCAUCCUUCAGAUCUGACAUUCCUUGCUGGCGGUGGUUCUGAAGUUUGAUCAAGCUUUAGUUUUGUAGAUUUUCUUAGUUAGUAGUACACUCGAGCAUCGUAAAAGUAUGGUAUCAGUCACUCAGGUUGAAGGGGAAUGCCGAUUUCUGAAGCAGAAUGCUGGUUCGGAACAGUCCAAAUGUAACAAAAUGCCUUUCACAGGUACCACCACACAUGUUUACCAGCUUGGUAAUCCUGCUGAAGGGAAUGGUGGCCAUGUGGGCUUCUCAUACACUGCUGAAGAUGGACAAAGUUUACUGGAUGCCCUUCUUCUUUCUCAGGUACAUCACCUUGAUGAAUAUUCUGUAUAUUUCAGGACUAAUCUUUUGAAUCUAUCAAUUGUUACCUUUCAGUGGGAAGAUCAUGCAUGGAAGGGUCAGCUCAAGUAUGAUGUUACUGCUUGUGAAAUGAAGGUUGUUGGCGGUGGAAAGAAUUUCAUCGUUCAGUUGAAUGAGAAUUGGAAUCCAAAUUUUCUGACAGAAUUUGAGAACAACGUCCUCCAACCUUUGGAGUCUAUCAAGUCGAGUUAUAUGAAAACUCACGAGCAGGAUAUACUUUUUUGCAUCACACAGGGAGAAAGGGAGAGCUCUGAGAUUAUUUUUUCGACCAUGGUACCAAAAGAUGAAAUACUGGUUGUUGUUAAUGCAAAUCCUGUUGAGUAUGGUCAUGUUUUCUUGAUACCAUACAAGAUCCAUCGAUUGCCUCAGUCUCUGGACAAGAAGAUGUUUGGAUUGAUCACACAGAUUGCUGUUGAAGUAAAUAACUGCUCUUUCCGUAUUUUCUUCGACCACAGUGCUUCUCCUUGUUCAAAUCAAAUAUAUUUUCAGGCUAGUUACUUUGCGAACCCUUUACCUGUGGAGGUUCUUCCGACUGUCCCUGUAUACGGUGAUGUGCUAACAACAGGGAUAUGUAUCUGUGAAGUUGCAGAUUAUCCUCUUAAGACCUUAGUUUUCACGAGCAAGAACUUGAAAGCGCUAGCUGAUAUAGUAGCAGAAAUCUGUUCCACCUUGCAUAACCAUAAUGCUGCAUUUAAUCUGCUGAUAUCCGAUUGUGGCACAAAAAUGUUCUUGUUUCCUCAGGUCCAUAAAGCGCUCAUGGGUUGCCACCUUUCUGCUUGGGAAUGUGGGGGCUAUUUUGUUUACGACACCAAAUCUGAUUUUGAUUGUGUGUCUGAGGUGGAAAUAAUAAAGAGUAUGGCUUCCAUUUCGCUUGACAACAGCAGCUUCCAAGCUCUGAAGCAGCUUUGCUGCAAUAUUGCAAAUAGACUCACUUUUGGAGAUGAAUAGCCUUACUGUUUGGAGCAGUCAGUAUUUACCUAAGAUGGUUUGAUGUUGUUUGUUUAGUAUCAGUACUUGUGCACAGUUUAUUGUUAUUUCUAGGAAUUAUGCAACCUGAAGUCUGUGCAAUUACAAACAAUAUCCAUGUACUAUUGCCUUUGAAUUGCAUUCUGUCGAGAUGCUAUGAUUGAAAAUUUUAUGUUUACGUUACCUGUGAGAUGCUAUGGCAUCCCUCUUUCCUUGCA